AGAAUUACUUUUUGACGUUUAAAAAAAAAUUUUUUCUAGAGCAAAAUUUUCUUCAAUUUUCCGUGUUUUUGUAUAAUUAAAAAUUGCAAAAAUGGAAGAAAAUGAUUUAUGUCCUUAUGGAACACCUCUUGAUCCUAUUGAAGAAGAUCAAGUUCCUACCAAGAGGCCAAUUAUGAAGGAAGAUCAAAUAGCUGUAGACGUUAAUGGACGUAGACGCUUCCAUGGAGCUUUCACGGGGGGAUUUUCAGCCGGAUAUUGGAACACUGUUGGCUCAAAGGAAGGAUGGAAUCCACAAACUUUUAGGAGUUCACGACAAGAAAAGGCAGGAAAGAUUGUACAGAAUAUUGAGGAUUUUAUGGACAAUGAAGAUAUGGGAGAGUUUGGAAUUGCUCCACGUCGUAUCCAGACACAAGAAGAUUUUACAAUAGGAAACUCAAGCAAGAAAAGGACAUAUACAGUAGCAUUCGCUUCAACAACAACCGAGGGAAUUUUGCAUAAGCUUCUUGCACCAGCUAAGGAUAAUAUUGGGACACGACUGUUGCGAAAGAUGGGAUGGCGUGAAGGUCAAGGAGUUGGUGUGCGACUGACGAGGCGCGAGAAGAAAGAAGCGAAAACACAACAUCUAAAGGAGCAACAAAUAGCAAAGAGGUACGGUUGUGAAAUGAUACCAUCACUUGGUGCAUCAAAAGAAGAUUCAACAUCAGAGGAUUCAGAUAUGGAAGUUACCUUUGCCCCUGAUGAUUACAAUACAUUUGCCAUUGCUCCCAAGAACAAUGUUUUUGGAUUAGGAUACAGCGGUCUUGAUAGGAGCUCCAUGUUGUUGAAUAAAACAUCUGAUGCUUUUGCGAUUAUUGGGAAGGACAACAAAAAAAUGCUUAUUACAGGAAAAGGAUUUGGUGUGGGAGCAAUGGAGGAUGAUGAUGAGGAUAUAUACUGCAGAGAUGAUAUGUCUCAAUAUGAUUUCUCUCUGGAGGACCACAAAACACCUAAAACAACAAGGAAAGACAACAGAAUAUCAUUAGGUGUCAUUGAGGGCUUCCUUGCAGCUUCGGAUGCGGCUUCUGGAAAGUUUAGCUGUAAAGUGUUUCGAAUUGAACUUCCGUGUGAUUAUCAGCCUCGAAAUUUUCUAAUAAGAAAAAGUAGAUUUGCACCUUUGCCUUUGGAAGUUGAAAAGCAAUUAAAACAAAAUUCUCAGAGUGAUAAAUAUGCUCUCAGCGAUACAAAGGUUGUCCAGAAAGAAAAUACUGACCACACAGAUUCAUCAAAAACACAAUUAAAAGUUGUGGAUGAGAAACAAAUAUCUCAUACGCAGCUAUCAAAACCAUUUAAAUUCUUUCUUCAUGAUGUAGAGAAGCAAGAGAGAUUUGAAAAAUUUCUUCAGAUUAGCAAAACAGCCACAGAAGAAGUCAUUAAGGAGUUCUUUCAAACACACCAGCCACUUCAUCUCUCCCAAUUUGAUCGGCAGACAGAGCAGAGGGAAUUCCUUCAGGCUAGAAAAAUGCAUAGACCACUUGCUGAACUUAUGUCAGAUAGAUUUGUAUCAGAAAGUUCUCUGAACAACGAAAAAUCCAAGGAAGGAUCACCAGAGAAACCACUCGAUCAUGAAGUACCUUCUUCCAAUAUUGAAGGUCCAGAUAAUACAGGGUAUUACAGUAAGAGAACAAAAUUAAUGUGGAAACCACAUGCGCUUCUCUGUCAGAGAUUUAAUAUCCCAGAACCCUAUGGGGGUCUUCUUGGAAAAGAAGAAAAAUCUAAGAAAAGCAAAAGUUCUAACAUUUUUCAGAUACUUGGAGAUCCUGUGAAAAAGAUUGAUUUUACAGUUCCCAAAGAUGAGUUUGGAGAAUCUUCAAAAGAACUUACACCAAUCGCAAAUCAACCUCCUAUUGCAAAAAAGUUGUCUAAUAUUUCCCAACAAAGCGAAAGAAAUCCUCAUCAGAAAACCAAAGAGCCACAAAAAAGUGACAAGGAAACGCCACCGUUGAUAAAUCGCCCCAAAACUGAGCUUGAAACGGCAGUUUUGGAUGCAAAAGAUAAACAUCCAGCAGAUAAGAAGGAUCUCUUUAGAGCAAUUUUCGAAGAUUCAGACGAGUCAGAGAAUGAUGAUACCCCUCAACAGCCUAUACAAAAAGAAGAAGUCAACCCCUUAAGAAACCCUGCGAAGCCACAGGGAAUUUUUUCAAAGAUUUUUUUCGUUCGAAAGGCAACGGAGAAGAAAAGGCAAGAACAGGAAAAUACGAAACAACAAUGUGAAAAACAGGAAACACAAGGAACCAUAAAAGAAGCUAAAGAAGAAGAUGAUAACUUGGUUUUUGGACCUAAGCUUCCACCACUUAUCGAAUCUUUACCUCCAAAAGCUACACCGAUUUUUUCCACAGAAGGAUCAUGUUCAGCGAUGAAUAAAUCUGGAAGCAAGCGAGAAAAGUGGGUAGAGAAAAGUCUUGAAAAAAAGAAGAAAAAGAAAGAGAAGCACAAAAAGGAGAAAAAACACAAGAAAAAUAAGAGAAAACAUAAAAUUAGAAAAUAGUGUGUACCUUUAAAAUAAAUAUUAAGUAUUCCUCCUGAAA